AUGGUCCACACGCGAGGCAUGGAGAAGGCACCCAGCGCGCCACCUUCGUCAACAAACUCCACUCUCAUGCUUCCUGCGCCCUCCCGACGCAUCGCGGGCAAACGCAUCGCUGGCAAACGCACCGCUGGCAAACGCCCCUCGGGCAAACGUGGCCCAACCAAACGCACCACCAGGACACCUGCAGCUCCCAAGGCCACCUCCUCGACCGGCGAGCAACCCGAUACCGACGAUGAUUCGAUCACCUGCUGGAUCCCUGCCCCCGAGGUGCCGGGUUUGCGUCCUGUCGAGAAAAAUGACUUUCACACGGAGGGCUUUGUCUGUUUGUGUUACUGGAGUCCCGACAAGACCUGGUUUGCCAUACGUAUCUGCACGCCCAACAGUGACCCGAGGCUGCAAGACCUACUGAGAGAUCUUAUCUCCGAAGCCGAGGCGUGGAGUAAGAAAGAAAAGAAGCAGGGCGGUGGUGCGGGAGGCGUCCCGGACAAAACCACCACCAUCGAGAACUUCAUCCGCGACACCAGUCCCUCGCUCUGGUACAGCGAAGACGAUGGAGGAAAACAGCUGGAUGGCUACGAGUUUACCUCACAACAACCAAGGUAUGCUGACGAAACCUUUAGUCAAUUCAGCUGGGUGCCCCAGAUGGCAUGCAUGCAGUUCGACGAAACCUUUGCCCGCGAGAACAAGCUGCCUUUCGUGGAUCUGGCGAAAAAGGACCUCGCGUCCUUCACGGCAAAGCAAGCCUUGCUCGCCAUGAACGAGUCCGUUCAAGCGAUGCCAGCAAAUGAGGAGGAGAUGCCAGCCAACAAUGAAGAGGCGAUGGCCGUCGAUGAUCAGGAGGAGCCAGCAAAUGAGGAGGAUAUGCCAGGCAAUAAUGAAGAGGUCAUGGUCAUCGAUGAUGAUCAGGAGAAGCCAGCAAAUGAAGGGGGGAUACCAGUCAAUGAUGAAGAGGUGAUGGUCAUUGACAAUCAGGAGAAGCCAGCAAAUGAGGGGGAGAAGGCUGCCGAGAAGGAAGAGAAGGCUUCCGAUGAGGAAGAGAAGCCUCCCGGUGAGGAGGAGAAGCCCACCAAUGAGCAGGAGAAGCCUGCCAACAAGGAGGACGCCAACGACAAGGCCGCUGGGCCGGAAGAGUCUUAG